CUAAAUGUUGCCUGGAAACCAACCAAGGAUUUUCUUAUUCAACCAGUGGGUGAUCGUCUUUACGCCUUCUAAUUUUUCUGCAAAGAAGACCGAGAGAAGGCCUUGUAUGGAGGGCCUUGGCAUUUCGAAAAUCAACUUAUGGUGCUGAAGCCGGUGGAAAGAGAUAAAGAAAUAGCUGAGACAGACUUCAGUGAGACUGAUAUAUGGGUACAAAUACGGAAGCUGCCUCCAAAAAUGAGGACAGGAAGAAUGGCAGAGAAGAUAGGAGCAAUGUUUGGGUCCCUUAGAGUCUUUGAUGCAGAGGGUUCAGAACCGUGGAGCACCUAUAUGAGGCUGCGAGUUUCGUUCAAUGUUACCAAGCCGCUGAGAAGAGGGGUGUUACUUGCAAAUGGGAAGGAGAAUAUAUGGUACAAGGUGGUGUAUGAAAAACUUCCCAACUUUUGUUACAACUGCGGCAUUCUUGGACAUCUGAGGAAGAAUUGCAAAGAAGAAAUAGUGCUAGAAGAAGAAAUGCAGUAUGGAAAUUGGCUGAGAGCCACGUCACCAGUGAAAAAGACAAGACCCAAAAACAGGGUAUAAGCAGAGAAGCUAGCAUCGCUAUGGACAGAAGCCAAGCAGAGAAAGUCCGGCGAAGACAACGGCGACAAUUCCGGUGAAAAAGAUAUCGUGAUUCCUGUGAGUCAAGGGUCGAACCAGUUGACGGUUCAGCUCCAGCCUAGGACCCCUAGCAGAAGCCUUUUUGAUUUAAUUAUGGCGGGGUCCGAGAAACAAAAAGUGGAAGGCUCGGGAGCCGAAGAGACAAAUAGAAAGGCACAACUUGAUGACAAUAAUGAAGCUAAGCAGGAAAGAAACAGGAACAUAUCUACAGGAGGUGCGUCAGACGAGGAAGGAAAAGGAAAUCGCAAAGAAAAAGAUAAACAAGUGGAACCACUGAACCAAGAGUUUUUGGGCCUGGUCAUUUUAGGCUCCAAAGAACCACCAGAAUUGCAGGAAGGUAAUACAGAGGUCCAGAAGGA